CAGCUCGACGUAAGAUGGAGUUUAUUGUUGAUUUGAUGGUCAUUCUGGCUCUACUCAUGUUUGAAGCCAAAUCACUUUUAGUUUGUAUUUUUCCCCGUUCAAGUCUCAAAUAUCAUCAGCUCUUGAAUGACGCAGUGUUGCUGAGUUUAAAAGACUUUGAUCAACACCACUGAUUAACAUCAACUGAACCUUUUAAGGUAGAAGAGUCAUUGCUGGCCUGGAGGCGGUUUGUCCUGCGUCUGAAAUCAGUCAUGGAGAACGAUGCUUGUGUGGAGCAGAAAAAUGGCGAAGCUGCUGUGGAUGAAGUUAAACAGCCAGCAGUCACUGCUCCUUUCAGAUACACCAAGGAGGAGCUUCUGGAAAUAAAAGACCUGCCAGUUUCCAAUGAAAGACCAGAUUGUCUCUCUGAGAAAUAUGACAGUGAUGGUGUCUGGGACCCUGAGAAGUGGCAUGCCUCCCUGUAUCCCACUUCAGAGCGUAGCUCUCCAGUGGAAGGUUUUAAGAAGGACUAUGUGGAUGAUAGAAUUCCUUUGAAACGAAGAAUCCCAGAUCCUCGUGAGCGGUUAAAGGAGGAUGAUCUGGAUGUCAUACUGAGCCCACAGCGACGCAGCUUUGGAGGUGGAUGUCAAGGCAACGCUGCACUUGCACCCCACAUUCGUCGCCCAAUCAGCCCCCUGGAAAAUAAGGAGAACGAGAGUCUUCGUCUGGGAGCUGCACGUAGAAUUGGCAGUGGCCGCAUAAUUGCUGCUCGAGCCUUCGAGAGAGAAGCUCGUGUGGAGAAAGAGAGGGAACGUGAGAGAGACUUCAAGGAUAAAAGAUUCAGGAGAGAUUUUGGUGACAAACGUGUGUUUAGUGAAAGAAGAAGGAAUGACUCCUAUGCUGAGGAGGAACCUGAGUGGUUCUCUGGAGGUCCUACCAGCCAGUCUGAGACGAUUGAGCUCAUUGGAUUUGAUGAUAAAAUCCUGGAAGAUGAUAAGCGCCGGUCUAAACGAUCAAGGAAGCGGACAGAGUCUUUAAAAGAAGUUGUGGAAUGUAAUGGUGGACAGGCCGGAGAGCAAGAUGGGGGUCAGUCCUCUGCUGAUCAGGAAGUUCCCCACCCUGAUGUUCUACCUGAGCAGUCGACAGGAGACUUUGACUUCAAUGAAUUCUUCAAUCUGGAGAAGACCAUGCCAGGACUGGCCUCUAUGAUAGAGGAUGUCUUGGGAGAGGGCCCUGUAUCGGCUAGCCGCUUCAGUCAGUGGUUCUCCAGUAACAUGAGCCCCUCAGGCAGCCGGUCCAGCAGUCUGAGGUCCACUCCCCACGAGGAGCUGGAAAAACUUGCAGGGCUGGAAACGCAUUGCACACCCCCUGGCCACGGCCCUGCUCCAUACUUCACACCUAUUCAAUCAUCAGAGUGCAAGGAGAAGGUGGACAUCUUGGAACUCCUGCACAAGGCCAAAAUAGACCUGAAGCCUCUACUUUCUACGUUGUCGGUGAACAAGGCUCGGCUACGGGAAAGCACCAACUGUGGAGCAGUACUCUCACUGGAGGAAGUAGAAGGAUCGAUGAAGGGGAUGAAGCUGGGCUCAGAAUCACAGGUGCGAAAGGUGCCGGCUCCCCAGAGGGGAAACGGCACACCCUUCAUGGCUGAACAUUUAGAGGAGGCUCUAACCGGUGGCUCCUGCACCCGUCCACACUCGCGUGACUCAGACAUGUCGGCCUUUAAUAAACUGGUCAGCAGCAUGAAGGCAAGUGGAACUCUGCCAACUCACCCCAAAACCAAUACAAACAAUCAGCCUUUAGACCCAGCAGUGAUGGCCGUGUCUGAAGCUCCGCCGCCCACUCAGCAGCAGAAAAACAUAUUUCAGGAGCUCUUGGGAGGACCUGCUCGUAGUGGCUCCCCUACACUACUUGGAAAUCUGUUGGGCAGUUCUGAUGGCCCAACAACCUCUGCCCCAUUACAUGGUCUACUACACAAGGGUCCAUCACCCCCUCUGUUUCCACAGAGGGCACCCUCACCUGACUACUUCAACAGUCGGUUGCAGCCUUCAGCCGGUUUUCCUGUUGGUCCUCAGCCCAUGCUGCCAGAGCAGUUUGCUGAUGUACACAGGUCUAUCAGCCCAGGAUCGCUUACAUCACAACAGAUGAGGGCGCUGUCCAUGCCAGUGAAUCAGGCGGAUCUUGAAGCUCUGGCAUUCCAGCAGGACCUUGCUCUUCACGGCCACCACUCAUUCCAGUCUGGCUUCAAGCACCCACAGGAUAAAUCUUUUCGAAAUAGACUGCAGCGUACAAAUCGCUCCCCUGGUCCAGGCCCGCAGCCUGCUGGAAGAAACUCUCCAGGCAAUGCUGUCACCAGCAUGUUGUCUCCGUCAUUUACACCCACAUCUGUGAUCCGCAAAAUGUAUGCGACAAAAGAAAAAGGAAGAGACGAACCAUCGAGUCGUUCAGACAACAAGGAGGAGGCAGCUGCCCACACUCAGGAUGACAGCAGCCUACCAAAUCUAUACAUGGAAGUGAUGGAUGGGAAUGCAGUCCACCCAGGAGGGGUCAAGGCCGGCUCGCAGACCUUACCAAGUAAGGACCAAGAGCGUCUCAGGCCUGGCUCGGCGGGACACCAUACAUCCACCAUGGGACCUCCAGGACCCUCCUCAUCUUACCCUCGUCCCAUUUAUCCGGUACCGCUGCUAUCACACGUACCCAUGGUGCGGCCUCCUCCCCAGCUCCACCCUAAUGUGGUUCAACGAAUGCUGGCGCAGGGUAUCCAGCCCCAGCAACUUGGACCUGCUCUUGUGCAAGCAGGUAUAUUUCCACCACAUGUUGAUCUUGCACAACUUCAAGGCUUGCCUCCUGCCCUGCUUGGACAACCGCUGUACCCUCUAAGUGCAACAGGGCAUCCACUUCUACCUCCCAGAGCCAAUACUCAGAUGCAGUUAGCAGUAAUGCAGCAGCAACUUCAGCAACAGCGACCAAUGCAUCCAGGCGUCCCAGGCCCUCAGUCACAGAGCCAAGGCCCUCACAGGACAAAUGGAUCCCAGCGACAUGGGGGCAGCCCCCCUCUCGGCCUCGCCAAGUGGUUCGGUACAGAUGUGCUAGAACAGCCACUCCCCUCCAUGCCAGCCAAGGUCAUAAGUGUAGAUGAGUUGGAGUUCCGACCAUAAGAAAACUGCUGGAUAGCAAGAUUUAUUUUUUUUCUUUUUGCCCAUCUCCAUCUCCUCCUACCAUUUAAAAAUGUGAACUUUUUGAUUUGAAAGACAGUGCAAAGACCUGAACAGUCUAACCAUGCCAUGCUUUGUCUUCAACCUUGAAGUCACUGCUUUUGAUGAGGCUUGUCGGCAGUAAUGGGAAGACGAGUGAUGGCGAGAAGUUUGGACGACCGAGUGAAAUAUUUUUUUUUCAUUUUUUUCCAUUUUGUAUUUGUAUUCGGCUCUGCGCAGUAAAUAAUGUAUAGGCCCAAUUGUACAGACCUUGGGAAAGAAUCUUAUUCUCCCUGUAUAUAGCUAUUUUUCUUUUUCUUGGUAUGGGGGAAGCCGAAACUGUCUCGCAGUUCAUCUGAAAACUGUGAGAGACAAAGUCACCAAGAGCUGGUAGCAUUCCUUUGUCCUUUGUCCAACUUUAAUUUCCCCCUGAUGCUCAGCAAAAGGGCUACUGCUAGUGAGAAAUGUUGGAUUGUGUAUACCUUUCCUGUGUGGCGAGUGGCCCUUUUUCUGUAGAUGUGACUGGCUGGAGCAUUUCAAGACUACUCCAGGGGAUGCAGCUAGAGCUGGUUGUGCCUUUUUCUUUUUUGUUUGUUUUUUGUUGUUUUCCUUUUUUUUUUUUUUUUUUUUUUAAACUGUAUCCUCUCAUAUCCAACCUGUCACUGAGGGGGGCAGCACUGCUCACAUUGUCAAUUUUUUGAGGGUGGUUGGGAUUCAGUUUGUUUAUGUGCUAUUAAGUUAUAAAAAGCACAAAUAGAAUUAAUAAAUAAAAUUCAGUAAAACACGAUCUGCUUAAUUGUUUUAAUGCUUUUGUGCUAUUUAUAUACUAUAAUAUACUAUUUUUUUUGAUGGAUGGAUGGAUCUCUAUGCUAUAUUGACUGUACUUGCCAGGAGAAUUGCAAAAGAAUUGUCAAAUUAGUUUGUAAUGGUUAACUGAGUUCUUUGGGGUUUUUUUUUUUUUUUUUUUUUUGAAAGUUUACAGUCCAAUGCAGACCUGCGCUGAUUAAUUGGCCAGGAUAUCUGCUUCUGCUGAUGAUGGCAUAUUGCAGAUAUCACAGCAUUGGCAAGUAUGUGUGGGCCAGUAAUUGACAAGACAUGUUUGUGCAGAAAUGUCAUACAUUCUUUCAAAAAAUAUAUCCACUGUUGGUGACAUUUAAUUGCACAUUGGUGUGAUAAUUUCAUAAUUGCAUUGAAUGAAUCCUCAUUGUUAGUGUUAUGUGGUUUUAAAAACACAACAGUCAUGAUCAGAAUGAACUAAAUGGUAUCAGGCUCCAGUCCAAUGCAAUGGGCUGCACUAUUUCUCGGCGUAGUGAAGCUUGUAACCUUCAAUAU